UAAAUCUGGCAAUUCUGCAAAAACUUGGCCUUACUUUACGCUAAUGGAUGACCUACUAGGAGCUAAACCAAAUAUAACUCCGACAGCAACGUGUUCAUCAACUGGGAAGAGAACACGAUCGAAUUCUACAUGUAGCAGUGUAAGCUCUGAAAAUGAAUUAGAUGAAACAGCAACGAUAGUUAAAAAGUCAAAAUAUAAGCAGCCUAUCGACAAGUUAUUGGAUGUUUUAGAAGAACGCUCAAGUAUCCAAGAAGCUAAUAAAGAUCGUAGAUUCCGCGAAUUAUUGGCAUUUAAGGAACGUAAGAUGGAGGAAAAUCUGGAAUUAAAAAAAAGAGCUGUCGAAUUGUUAGCACAAAUAGUUAACCGUCAACAACAAUUUUAAUUUUUAAGACUAAAUAUUUAUUACUAAAUGUUAGUUUUAUUUCAAACAUAUAUUUUUCGU